GUGUGUGAGUGUGUGAGUGUGUGUAGUGACGACAGUUGACCGGGUUAAGCAACGCGCAAGGGCUUCCAACUUGGGAAGGAAAGGCUCCGCGAUAAUGGGGGAAGAGUAACUGAACUGGAGCUUUAACGGGAGAGGAGCACAGAGUCUGCGGUGGUCCAAUUAAAUCCCCCUUUGAGAGCCUCCUAAUUGGACGAGGCCCCGCCCACGUUUUCUCCAUACCCCUGUGGCUCCGCCCCUCUGGGAAUCACCCAACGGGGCCCCCCCUGUCCUCUCCUCCUCUCGCUGAGACCGCCCUCCACCCCCCCUCAGCGGCCCCCCAUGCACCGGGGAAGGCGGGGGCCUCAGUGGACCGCUAGCCCCGCCGGCGGCCUGUGAGCAGCGUGCGGCCGGGCGACGGCGUGCCAUGGCGCCCCGGCUGCGCAUCUUGUUCGGCCUCCUGGCGGCCGGCAGCCUGCCCCUCUUCUACCUGAUGAGUGUGAGCCUGGAGGUGUGGACCCCCUGGCACAUGGACCUCCUGGGGCGGGCCUGGUACGCAGCCAGCCCCUCCCCCCCAAGCAGCAUUCCAGGAGAUCGCCUGGGGCCCCUUCGGCUCAACAACAGUCUCUUUGGCCAGGACCCCGGGGCCUCCAGUGUUGACCCGAGCAGUGUGGCCCCAGACCCGUCCAGUCCGGGACCAGCGCCAUCCACCACUGCUGCCGCCGGCCAGCCGCCGGCCAGGGGAGCGAGGGUAACCACGUCUAGACCAGCCCCCAUUGAGCCCACUCCCAGGGUGCCGGCCAGGGGACCGAGGGUAACCACGUCUAGACCAGCCCCCAUUGAGCCCACUCCCAGGGUGCUGACCUUCGAGGAGGCCUACAUUGGAGAUACGUACAGCAAAGAAGACAUCCCACCACAGACAACCUGCCCAGAUUCCAUCGCCAGGAAGUGGUCGUCAUCCGGCUUUAAUGGAAGUUUCCUGGGGACCGUUCCGGUUCUCCAGUGGGCCAAGGACGUCACGCUGCACCAGCACCAGCGCCUGAAGCAGUUUCACGGAGCCUACGGAUGGUUCUCGAUGGAUUAUGACUCGCUGAAGGCCUCGCUCUCCGUACUCAACCUCACGGCCAACCACCAGAUGUUUGACGACUGGGAGCGCCGACGGAACGGCUCGCAGUGCAUCCGCUGCGCCGUGGUCGGCAACGGGGGCAUCUUGAAGGACUCCGGCAAGGGGCCCGAGAUCGACGGCCACGACUACGUGUUCAGGACGAACGGGGCUAUCCUUGAUGGUUUCCAGAAGGAUGUGGGCACCCGCACCACCCACUACACCUUCUCCACCAACACUAUGAGGAACUCCAUGGGGAGCUACCGUAGCGCGGGCUUCAGGGGGCCACCGGUGUCCAAGGAGACGCGUUAUCUCUUCCUUCCUACCAGUUACCGGGACUACCUGAUGGUGAAAGCUGUCUCCACACACACACCGGUGGAGCGAGGCCAAGAUAAAUCCAAAACUCCACCAAAGUACUUCGGAGAGGACGCGACGGCGGAGAAGCUGAAGAUGCUUCACCCAGACUUUGUCCGCUACCUCAGGAACAGGUUCUUUACAGCCCAAACACUGAAGAAGAGAUACAGGGAAAUCUUCCGUCCGUCUACGGGAUCUGUGAUGCUUCUGGCUGCUCUGCACACCUGUGACCAGGUCAGCGCCUAUGGCUUCAUGACGCCCGACUAUAGCAAGUACUCGGACCACUACUUUGACAAAACCUACCACAAGGUGAUAUUCUACGCCAACCACGAGUUCCGCUUGGAGCUGGCGCUGUGGCAGCAGCUGCACAAGGCUGGCCUCAUGCGGCUGUUCAUGAGACCGCCGACCACGGGGAGCCCCCGACCAGCUACACACGGCCCCCAGAGUAACGGGACGGGGUAAUCUGGGGGCCGGAGGACCUGGCGUUUUUAGGACCGAUUGGGAAAAGAACACUGAGGUUUUUUUUUUUCCUCAAAGCUUUUUUUUUUAAGAUUUUUAUUUGGUGAAGGGCUUUCCGUGUACGCAGUGGCGGUUUUGGGCACGGGCGAACCAGGCAGCCGCCCGGAGCGCCAUAUUUGUGGGGGGCGCC